AUGGGACGCGCCAUCCACCUGCUGCGGCUCAGAAGCUUCUGGCGCCUGGCGGCAAAGGCAGUGGCCAUCACUGGCCACUCAGCAGCCCUGGGACUCCCUGCUAUGCCAAACAACAGAGGCCUGGACCAUCGGCCACUAACUCGAACUCCUCAGUCCCUGACUCCAUCCGGUCCAUAUGGGAUAUUUGCUGGUAGAGAUGCCUCCAGGGGCCUGGCCACAUUCUGCCUAGACAAGGAUGCUCUCAGAGAUGAGUAUGAUGACCUUUCCGACUUGAAUGCAGUUCAAAUGGAGAGUGUUCGAGAAUGGGAAAUGCAGUUUAAAGAAAAAUAUGAUUAUGUAGGCAGACUUCUCAAACCAGGAGAAGAGCCUUCAGAAUAUACAGAUGAAGAAGAUACCAAGGAUCACAAUAAACAGGAUUGAACUUUGCAAACCACCAAAGUCAGGGGCCUUCAGAACUGCAGUUCUUACUCCCUUUCACAGAAUGUCCAGUGUCUCUGGAUUUGAUUCACCUGCUGCGAAAAAACAUUCAACCAAUUGUGUACAAGAGAAGUGAGUCUUGCUGUGAAGAUUUGAAAACCGGAUGUUAUGAUGCUGCCAAACCCCUUUGUUGCAGUUGUUUGUAAUGUCUGGUGGGGCUUCAUCAUCCUGAGAGAAAGACAGGGAUUUCUUAAAUGGCAAGAAGGUCGUGAGGCCGGGGCAGCUCACUUCCUCCUCCUCUCCCCCUCUCCUUCUCCCUCUACCCUCUCUCCCUCUCUCAUCUGCCCCUCUCUCCCUCCAUUCUUGAAUUUGUCCUUUUUGUAAAAAAAAAAAAAAGUAUCAAAGACAGCCACAUACGUAUUUGCUACUCAACUGUACAAAUCUCAAACAAAAAACAGCAAGGGACUCUUCUUUAACUGAUGUUUUUAUCAUUGAGGGACAGGAAGACCUGGCCAGGGAGGUAGAAGUUGCAUAUCAGCUUGAGUGGUUCAGGCUACUGAAAUGUUACAAUGUGAAUUCCCAAGCUUCUCUUUGGGCUUUGUCAAGGAGGGAUAAAAAAUAAAAUGUAUUCCUAAGAAUCCAUUGGAAAUUAGAAUGGAUUUCAGGUGGAUUGAAAUCAAAGCAAUUCCCCAACAAGAUCAUUUGAGACUAGUUUUAUCCCUUCUGUUCUCUCCCCUAGGUCAAAUCAAUAUUAAUUGUGCCUUAUUUCACUUCCAUAAACUUGAAUUAUUUUUAGGGAAAGCCCCUACGUGAAUUCCGAAGUCACUACAAGCAGGUUGAGACUGAGGUUGGAAUGUUCUGUUGACUGCAAAACCUUGAUGUCAUUCUGUGUAUAUAGAAUGUAAAAGGAUUAUUCAGUGUUAACUGCCAUACGUUAAUAUACACAAAUUUAAUUAGCAUUGUAAUGGCCAAAUGCAUUCCCCUUUGUGCUUUUCUCUUUUCCAAAAAAUCAAAAACAGCAACAACAAAAAAACAAAAACACCCACAAACCAACAAUUCUUUUUCCCCCAACAGCUGCCUAAUUCUAGGAAUCUGACCCUCACAUCUCACUGGUGUUGGGUGUGUGGGGCUGAGGUUUGGAUGUCUGUUUGGGUGAGUCUGGAUGUGUGCGCGCCUUGGAAGGGACUCGCGAUAUUGUAAAUACAAGUACCAUUUUAAUAAAGCAUGGACAAUAAACCAAAAUAUGCAAAAUUGUAA